AUGGCAAUACGGCAAAUAGUCCGCCCACGAGGCUCUCUGAGGCCACCAUCCACGACCCGAUUCAUCCUGCCCAACAAGCGCACCCUCUCCACGGUCCCGCGCAUCGCCGAAGUCUCCUUCUGGAAGUCCCUCGUGCCGAAACCUCUCCGACGCGAGAACCGCCAUCCAUCGAGCCCCAAUGCGCCCAAGAAAUCCUGGCUCUCCAAGGAAUGGAAUCCAGCGACAUUCUUCAUCGUCAUAUUUCUGCUGAUUGGCUCCAUGUCGAUCCAGAUGAUCUCCCUGCGGAAGAACUUUGAUGCGUUCGUGCGUCGUUCCGAUGUGCGCAUUGGCCUGUUGAGGGAGGUUGUGGAACGGAUCCAGAAUGGUGAGGAUGUGGAUGUCGAGAAGAUACUGGGCACGGGCGACCCAGAGACAGAGGCUGCGUGGGAGGAAGUGCUGGAGGAAAUUGAGAAAGAUGGCGCCCUGAAGAAGGAGAAGAAACAAGACAAGGGCAAGGCGAACGAGGCAUCAUCACCCGCCAUCACGAAGGCCGUGGCCGUUCCCAAGUCCGUAAUGGACGCAGCGCCUACGAGAGAAACGCCUGUUGCACAAGAGCCAUCGAAGGGGCGCACGGCAUAUUUUUUCUGA